CUCCCAAACGCGGAAGUCGUCAUCGCGUGUCAGAGCAGUAUGGCAGCCUCCGUCAACGAUACGUGUAAACAAUCCGUGGAACGUACAUCGUUAAAUCCCACGAGUUUUCAAAAGAAAACGAGGAAUAAGUUAUUAAGCAUACCUGGUACAAGGCUCUCGGUGCAAAACGGACAGCUUCUCGUUUCCACUGGUGUUACGUCGCUCGACUAUGUGCUCGGUGGUGGUUUAGCAGUUGGAACAGUGCUUCUCAUAGAGGAGGACCGUUAUGAUAGCUACACCCGUAUGAUCUUAAAAUACUUCCUGGCAGAAGGAGUGGUGUGUCAACAUGAACUCUUCAUAGCAGCGGCUCAAGAUCACCCGAAUGACAUCUUCCAGGAGCUUCCUGACCCCAUUUUAGAUGAUGUUGUCAUGCACAAACCAGCGGACCAGCCGAGGCUGUCUUCUGAGCCUCACGGUAAUUUAGAUGCCAUGAAGAUUGCCUGGCGUUAUCAGAAUCUCCCAAAAGUACAGAGUGGUCUAGCAUCAUCGUCUCGGUUCGGCCACUACUAUGACGUUUCCAAGACAAUGGAGCCAGAAAUCCGCCAGGCAGCCAAGUGCCACCACUUCUACCUUCCAGAACAUCCCAGGCAGUCAUCAGCCACACGCAGCCCUGUGCUUGAUUCCUACGCUGCAUUGCUGAAAUCCAUUGAAGAAGUCAUAAGGAGGGAGGGCUUCAGUGUGGCAGCACCUCUGACAAAGUCACGGAAUAUCCUGCGUAUCGGGCUUCACUCACUGGGCUCACCCCUGUGGGGUGAUGACCUGUGUUGCCAGGACAACCCCAAACACAGCCACGCCCUCACUACCUUUCUCUAUGGGCUGCGGGCUUUGUUGAGGUCAUCCCUGUCAGUUGCAGUAGUUACUGUGCCUUCACAUCUUAUCCAGAGCAGAUCUCUAAGGGGAAGCAUAACCAGGCUGUGUGACAAUGCCAUAGCCUUGGAAUCAUUCAAAGGCUCUGAGAGGGAGACCGGCCCACUCUGCAAAGAUUACCAUGGCUUGCUCCACGUACGCCAGGUGCCUCACCUUAACUGUCUCACAAGUCAACUGCCUGACCAUAAGGACUUGGCCUUUAAACUCAAGAGGAAACAGUUCAGCAUUGAGCGACUACAUUUGCCUCCAGACUUGUCUGAGACGGUGAGUCGUGUGAGCAGGGCGGAUGCGGCAGGAGCAGCCGCGUUGGCUUCUGCCUGUGACUCUGGCAACAAGCACCUGGAUUUCUAGAGCUGGAGUGGCUACUCGGCAAGCGACACCUGGAAUGCCGCGGUGACCUGGCUCUUCUUCCGCCCACGUCAUGCCAUGCCGCGCCUGACGUCUGCUGCCAAGCUGUUCGGGAUCUGCCAGUUGUCCCUGCAGUCAGCCAAGAACGCCACAAUUACCUCCUUUCAUUUGGACAUGUUUCAUUUCAUUUCAUAUUUUCGUUUUGUGUGUGUAUAUUGACAAUAAAAGCCAACAUCAAAUACGA